GCGCCAUCGAUUUUGUUUCCAGCUCUAGCUCUUGCAAGUAGCGACAAUUUUUGCAAAAAUACAAUUAAAUAAUAAGGGGCACCGUCGAGGCUGCGAAACCUGGUUUUUAUACUACUGCAAUUGCUGAAGAAUCUAGUUUAGGUGCCACCCGAAAAUACCGGAAAAUUGUAACCCAAAAACAAAGGGAGAGUUAAAAAAAAAAAGCAGCGACGGCCCAAAAGUGAAAGCCCCCAGAAAAAGUACAAAAGAGCGAAAGAGCAAGAGCGAGAGCGAGAGAACAGUGAAAAGAGUCUGGACGAGAGAAAAACGAUUUUUUCAGAGAACACCGCGAUUUUUGGUAGAGUUCUGUGUGCGAGACCUGGAACAGAAGGAGAAAGCCAGCAACCGUCAAGAUUCAGGGCCACUUCUACAGCGGGUUCCAGAUCCACAGCCACGGAGGACGCAGCCACCAGGACGCAGGACGAACCGCUACCUACAGCACCGCCAGCACUACACUAGCCGCCACCACGCUCCACAAACAGCCAGCAGCCAUCAUGUUCGUCAACUCGAUGACGUUCCGCGGAAAUCCUGCGAACUACCAUCAGCAGCAACCGGCCCUCAACCACCACACGCUGGCCGCAGCGCACCACCAGCAACAGCUGCACCAUCACCUGGGUCACGUCGGUGGACAUGCGGCGAGCAAUCACCUGGCGGCCGCUGCCGUCCUCGGCCGCCAUGGCCACAACUCGCUGGGCAGCGGGCACACUUCCAGCUCCUCGCACUCCACCAACGUGGGCGUGGGAGUGAGUGGAGGAGGGCUGGCCAGCGGCUCCACCGGCGGCAGCGGUGGCAACAGCUCGCCGGACAGCGGUAAAAUCUACAUCAAGAACUUGGAACGGUCGAUCGACAACAAGGCAGUGUAUGACACGUUUUCCGUGUUCGGUAACAUCCUUAACUGCAACGUGGCCAAGGAUGAGGACGGCAACUCGCGCGGCUACGGGUUCGUUCACUUCGACACGGAGGAAGCCGCACGGGCGGCUAUUGAGAAGGUGAACGGGAUGCUGUGCAAUAACCAGAAGGUGCAUGUGGUCAAGUUCAUACCACGGCGGGACCGGGAGCAGGAGAAGGCCACGCACUUCAAGAACCUGUACGUGAAGAACCUCAGCGAGGAGUUCACCGAGCAGCACUUGCGCGAGAUGUUCGAGCCCUACGGCCGCAUCACCAGUCACAAGCUCAUGCUGGACGAGGAGGGGCGCUCCCGGCGCUUCGGUUUCGUGGCCUACGAGAAUCCACAGUCGGCGCUGGCCGCCGUAAUCGGCCUGCACGGCAAGCAGCUGGGGGACAACAAGUUUUUGUACGUGGCAAGAGCCCUUAGCAAGGCCGAGCGGCAGCAGGAGAUCAACCGCAAGCUGGAGGAGCGCAAGCGCCAAAAGGCCGGCCAGAUAUUCUACUACUAAGACGGCGACGGUGGCAGCUGAUCCAAGGACAUCGCUAGGAGCUGACUCGGACCCCAGACACACAAUAUACACCCAUAUUUAAACCUAUAUAGAUAUUUACGAGAAAUUGUAUCGAGCAGCUAAGCGAGCAUUCAGGCAGCAGGUGGCAGGUGGCGGGAUGCAACUCCUGCACAUUUACAUUUAGACGUAGGCAAAAAGUGUUGCAACACAGUUGAAAUUUAUAGACACACAAGAACAGAACACGAACUCUUAAUCGAAAGGAUUUUCUAGGCAUCAGGACAAACCGUUUCUUAGCACUCACUAGCGUUUUUUUGGAAUUAGAUGUUUGUCUUUACUGUUGAAUUUAGUGAGCAGAGGCUUCGCUGUCAGCUUCUCCCCUAAAAUAUACAUUGCCCACAUUCACACUGGCCCGUUGGCAUUAAGCCGAGCCUGGGCAACAUAUGAAUAUUUACACAUACCUAUUAUAUAUUUAAACGAAACUAAAGCAACAAAAAGAUAAAAAAAAAAACAAAAAAGGAAAAAAUGUAAUCCCUAUUAACAAUUGCAGCACUCACUCUACGUAUAUACAUAAACAUAUAUAUUUACACGCUGUAGUUAAAAAGCGUUUAUAAUACUCACACACUCUAAGCUCUAACUAAAAAAAAACUUUUGACGAGAAAUCAAGUGCAACCAUUGCGAAAGCGAACCCCACACGUAAUUUAUAUUGUAGACGCAAAUGCGACAGAAAUAAUAGAUCGGAGCUGAACGAAAAGUGGAUUAGCAGGAGGGCCCAGCGCCGACAGUACAUGAGUAUUAAAAUUUUAGCAAUUACAAGACAUUUUUGUAAUUAACUGUACAUUGUUUCAAGUAGCAAAAACGAAAAUGAAACCACAAAACAGGACCGCAACAAAACAAAAAAGGUAAACCUAAAUGAAUGUAACCGAUUCAAGAAGUGUACACAAUGCAAUGUUUAAAAUCUUUUAGAUUAUUAUUACGGAUACAAGGCACGAAACAAAUAAAUCCCCGAAUGAGGAAAAUACUUUACUAGCAGGCAUGUAAACAAGUUCGGCCCACGGCAAAUUUAACCGAAACGAAAGCAAAUACAUACAUACAUAAUUUAAGAUUAUUGAGCUUAAUUUUUAAAAUGUUUCCAAGAAAAGAAAACGAGAGUAACGAGAAAAACAAAAAUAAGAAAACAAAACAAUGCUAAACUCACUCAAAAUUUGUAAGAUUCAAGUUUUGCUGCGUCUAGACAUUCACACAAUGUAUAGUUAAAACAGUACCACAAAAGAACAAAAACGAAAUUACAUAAAAAUAGUUAUAAAUGAUGGCAAUAUUUAGGAAGGCAUAAUUAAUGUAACCCCUCAUUUGACAAUAUUUAUUUUGCAUUACAUUUCAUUUUGGGCUUAGGUUGCCCGCUCCCUUCGAUCCAAUGUUUUGAAGUUGGGGGCGAGCGAUAUUACGAAUCUAGUUUUCAGGACAAAAGUAGGAUUAGGCCUUCACACUCUAACUCACACAGAACAUAUGCAAUAUGAAUUUACAAGACAAACAAAAGAAAAUUAUGCAAUUGAAUAAUAUUUACACAAAUGUACAAAACAAAAAAAAAGAAAAUGAAAUUUAUUUUCCUUUGCCAAGCAAAUGCGACAUACUUCUUAUUAUUAUUACAAAUUAUAAUUGUAAUUGAAACUUAAUUUUUUUGGUAAUUGCUUUUGCAGAAUUUACCUAAAAACAAAAUAAACGACAAACAAAAUGAAAAAACCCAAAGGAGAACCAUUUUAUAGUGCUAAAUUUUUAGAGAGUACAAGAAAUGUUAAUUCAGUCUUACAAAAUUAAUUGAUAAAACAACACAGAGCGAAUCCCAUUCCAAAUACGCAACACCACACAAUUUUUCUCAAUUUUGCACAUUUGCUUAAUGAGACAUUACAACACCUGCAUUCGAUUCUACUCACGAGAACCUAGUUUUUAUUUAAACUUUUGCUUGGACUGGGGUGUGUGUGCCCCCAUCGAAUGUCCCAUUUUAACGAAUAGCAAACCCACACAAGAAGCACAGAUAAUAUCGACACAGAUGGCGUAUAAUAUAUGCAUUAUAUAUGUAACUCCAUUGAAACGAAAAUCCUAAUUAUAACAUAUUACAAAUACCUACUUAUUAAAAACCUAAAAACAAGCGAAAUGAACAAGAAAUGGAAAAACAUUUAAUGAUUUAAAUCAAGAUGCAUUGAGCAGAAACAUGUGAAACUUGAAUAAAAAUGCUUUUGCAAAAAGUGUUUGAAAUUGCGA